UAUAAAUGAAAGGACAGCAAGGAGAGCAGAACAAACUCCAAACAGGAGAAGAGUCUCACAUGGCCUAUGAGACAGAGGAUCAUGAGAUUCAAUACUGCUUUCCUGCCAUCAACUCAUCAUGUAUCAAGGGAAAACGCUCCAGACAUGAAUACAAUAUAAUGUAUGUGUUUGUAUCAGUACUGUCCGCAUGGACUGUGUUUCUGAACCUGCUGGUGAUCAUCUCCAUCUCUCACUUCAAGAAGCUUCACACUCCAACCAACCUGAUCAUUCUCUCUCUGGCUUUGGCUGACAUGCUUAUCGGACUUGUGAUGCCCAUAGAGGCCACGAGGCUGAUUGAGUUGUGUUGGUACUUUGGAGAAACUUUUUGUGGACUCUAUUCUAUAUUUAUUUGUAUGCUUCUCACAGCAUCUCUUAGUAAUUUAGUUUUAAUUGCUGUUGAUCGUUAUGUGGCUGUUUGUCACCCUUUACUGUACCUACAGAAAAUAACCAUUACUAAAACAUUAAUAAGCAUCUGUCUGAGCUGGGUUUUUAUCUCAGCUUAUAACAGUGCCUUUAUAAUUAAUAACGGUUAUUUUGAAAUGUUACAGAAAACAAACAUGUGUUAUGGAGAGUGUUCUGUUUUGGUGGGUUUUGCUUGGAGAGUCACUGAUCUGUUCAUGUCUUUUAUUUUUCCUUGUAUCCUGAUCAUAUCUUUAUAUUUGAGAAUUUUCUAUGUUGUACAUCAGCAAGUGAAAGUUAUAAACACCCUGAUGAAGGGUGGCAAAUACAUAAAUGAAGGUUCAGUGAGAAGGAAAUCAGAGAGCAAAGCUGCUCUGACAUUAGGAAUCAUUGUCACAGUUUAUCUGCUUUGUUGGAUUCCGUACUAUAUCUGUUUCAUAUCAGCAGUUUCUUCCACGACCGUAAAUGUUUUGUCAUGGGUCUUGUUUAUUAACUCAGGUCUGAAUCCUAUGAUCUAUGCUUUAUUUUAUCCCUGGUUUAAAAAGACAGUUAAACUCAUCUUAACUCUUAAAAUAUUUCAGGCAACAUCCUCUCUGGUCAAUAUUUUUACAGAACAUAAUUUAUAA